UGGUUCAGAAAACCGGAAGUUAAAUAACAUUUACUCUAUGACGAUUCAAGAACGUAAACAAGUAUGGCGGAUUGUGCAGAGCCUGUCUACUUUGCCGUUACAAACAUCCCAGUGAAAUUUAGAUCCGCUGACCUCCGAAACUACUUCAGUCAAUUUAUCGAAAGUGGCGGAUUCAUUUGUUUUCACUACCGUCAUCGACCAGAGAUCCAAAAAGAGACCGCAAGUUCCGUCAAUGAACGGAAAACUCAAGAGUCCGAGACAGAAGCGACACCACAGAUCAUUAACAACGAGGAUGAUGAGAAUAGCCCGACGGAAGAUCCCCAAAGUGCGGCCAAAGACGUGAAAAAUGUGAAAUUUUGUUGUUGUGUGGUGUCAGUACACGCCAAGGACACACACCGGUUCCUUAAAAUGUACUCAGGAAACCAGUGGAUCGAUUCAAAGGGAAACUGGCUUGCAAAGUGUUGUGUCAUUAGAAGAGUACGAGUUUCGCCUCAGAGUGGUGAUGACACCUUUCCAUAUAAGACAAAGGCGGAGCAGCGGCGCCGAGUGGCCCUGAGCGAAAACUUUACCGAAGCCGACUUGAAGGCGAUGCCUGAGCUUAACCCUCCCUCCCUGAUGCCUGCCGGUAAUGUGGGCACACCAGUCAGCGUCUUUCUACAGCUCAUCCAGUCCUGUCGUCUGCCGCCGCGCCUCAUCCGCAAGCUUGGCCUCAUCUUCCCCAAGACGGGCUCCAGCCGACGCUACGGCAACGUGCCCUACCACUACCAGGGCUCCGGUGAGAUGAUCUCCAGCCCCACGGAAGAGAGCGUGUUCACGGCGAGAGGUCACGAGAUCUGUGGCCCUGGGAAAGUGCCUCUUCCUCUGGUUGGAGGCGGGGCUCCUCAGGGUUCCAUGAGCACCCUGCAGAGAGAGGAGGAACCUGAGCCAGAGGAGGAAGAGGAGGAUGCUGCUCAGUCUGAUGCUGAUGAUGACGAUGACCGCUGUGAGGAGUGGGAAAGGCACGAGGCUCUGCAUGAGGAUGUGACCAGUCAGGAGCGCAGCAAGGAGAGGCUGUACGAGGAGGAGAUUGAGCUCAAGUGGGAGAAGGGAGGAUCCGGCCUGGUCUUCUACACAGACGCCCAGUACUGGCAGGAGGAGGAGGGAGAUUUUGAUGAGCAAACUGCAGAUGACUGGGAUGUAGACAUGAGCGUUUACUACGACAAAGAUGGAGGAGAUAUGGACUCGCGGGAUUAUGUGCAAAUGCGUCGGGAAAGGAGGUUAAGAGAGGGGCUGAGAGAAGAGUCCUGCUCCCAGCAUCACAUUGGAAGCUUUGAGAAGUUUACCAAGGGGGUGGGGAGACGUGUGAUGGAGAAACAGGGCUGGAGAGAAGGCGAUCGGUUGGGCCAUAGUCAGGUUGGCUUGGCUGACGCUCUGGAAAAUGAGGGACAGCAUCCAAACUGCAAGCGUGGCUUUGGUUACCAUGGAGAAAAACUGAACUCUUUUGUUAAAAAACCUAGAAGAGAUUUUCACAUUUCCACGGUGUAUGAUAAGCCCCUAGACAUCGAUAAGGGCGACAGUCUCUUGAGGCGCCAGCCGACCUCCAGCAUGAAGUACAAAGGAUGGCAACCAGGGGGCAGCAUUGGACCAAGUAGAUGACUAUGUUAAACGGAUUUUAGUGAAAAAAUGUUGUUGGAAGACAUUUCUUUCACUUUUGUGCAUUUACUGUAUCAGUAAAUUGUUUUAGAAUCUUAUUAUGAUAUGAUAGUGUCUUAAUGUAAUUAUGUGCUGGUUUUUUUUACUAUUAAAAUGUCUUAAUACAUGAAA